AUGGCUGACACUGAACAGAACAAAGAAUACACUGCAGAAACUCCUGGUAAACAAAGGGUUAAAUUAAUACCGCAGAUAUACAAAUUUCGAGUAGCUCCGGUAAGAGGUAACAUCAAGCAAUUUGCGCUACAAAUGCCGUUUUCAACUCUUUUCGACAAUUUGAUUGCAGUUUUGUGGUCUCUGUACAACAAAGAAACAAAAAUUAAAAGCGGGAUAAAUCAAAUUCAAUGGGCGUUAGAGUUUUUGAAAUGUUUAAAAGUGGAUUAUAAUUACCCAGAAAGUAUCGGUAAAAUUGUUAAAACGAUAGAAAAAGUUAUGAUAGAACUUUAUUCAAAAAUAAAUAUAAUACAGUAUAAGGCAAAAUUGCAGGAACCAAGCGUUGAACUAAAAGAUUCAAUGAGCGAUUCAAAAAAUGAGUAUUCCUUAUACUUUAACGAAAAUGAUAUAGUGAAAAAACUAGAAACAAUUACCAUACGAAUGGACCGGAUAUCUGGAGAACCCAGAUGCAUAAAAGAAUUGAAUGAAUUGGGUAAAAGAAAACCUAAAGCCGAACCCUGUAAAAAAGACAACAAAAAUUCACAAUCAUUCGUGAUUGGAGCGCUGAAAAAAAUAUUGAAAAAAGCCACAGAGGUGGACACUAUAACGGAAGUCGAAGAGCUAUUAAAAGAAUUAAACACUCAGAACACGACUCAAGGAGGAACAAAGUCUCUAAAUAAGGUGUAA